AUGGCUAUGACAAGCAACAAAACACAAUGUUUUAAAUGCAAGAAAGAAAAAAUAACAUAUUCUUGUAAAGGAUGUUCAAAAGAAUUUUGUUUUAUGGAUUUAUCAGAACAUAAACAAAUAUUAAAUCAAGAAUUAAAUCAUAUUACUAAUGAUUAUGAUGAAUUUAAACAAAAGAUUAAUGAACAAAGAGAAAAUCCGCAAAAUCAUUCAUUAAUAAAAAAAAUUAAUGAAUGGGAAAUAGAUUCAAUUGAAAAAAUUCAACAAAAAGCACAAAAUUGGAGAGAAAGCGUCCUGGAAUAUUCACCAUCAGUUGUUAAUGAUAUUGAAAUGAAGUUUAAUGAUUUAAAUGAACAAAUAAAACAAAUUCAAGAAGAAAAUGACUUUAAUGAAACUAUUUUAAACUAUUUACGAAAUCAAUUGAUGAAAAUUACAGAAGAAUUCAAUAAUCCAUCAAAUAUUUCUAUCGAACAAGAUUCACAAUCAUUUAUUAAUGAAAUUUCAUUUAUUGUAUCAAAAAAAUCAAAAUUCAACAGAUGGAAACAAAAUGGAAUCACUUUGGUUGGCGGAAAUGGGAAAGGGCAAGAAUUCAAUCAACUCAGUGGCCCUGAAGGAAUCUUUGUUGAUAAAAAGAAAAAGAUUUUCAUUGCUGAUUAUGAUAAUCAUCGUAUUGUUGCAUGGAAAUAUAUUGCAAAAGAAGGACAAAUUAUUGCAGGUGGAAAUGGGCAAGGAAAGGGAUUGGAUCAAUUGAAUUGUCCAACAGAUGUGAUUGUUGAUCAACAAAAUCAUUCAAUCAUCAUUGCUGAUCAUGGUAACAAAAGAGUGAUUCAAUGGUUAAAUCAAAAGCAACAAAUUCUUAUUAAUAAUAUUGACUGUCGUGGCUUAGCAAUGGAUAAGUAUGGAUUUCUUUAUGUUUCUAAUUGGCUUAGGAAUGAAGUGAGACGAUGGAAAAUGGGUGAAUACAACAACGAAGGAAUUAUAGUGGCAGGUGGAAAUGGAAGCGGUAGUCGGCUCAAUCAACUAAAUCUUCCUACUUUUAUUUUUGUUGAUGAAGAUCAAUCUGUUUAUAUAUCAGACAGCAACAAUCAUCGUGUGAUGAAGUGGAAAAAAGAUGCAAAAGAAGGAACAAUCGUGGCUGGAGAAAACCGUAAAGGAGAAAAUCUCAAUCAAUUGUCUAAUCCUCAAAAAAUAGUUGUUAAUGAUUUGGGACACCUUUAUGUGGCAGACUUUGAAAAUCAUAGAAUAAUGCGUUGGCGUGAAGGAAAAGACGACGGUGAAGUUAUUGUUGGUGGAAAUGAUAAAGGAAAUCAAUCAAAUCAAUUCAAUGGUCCCUGUGGUUUAUCAUUUGAUGAUGAAGGAAAUCUUUAUGUUGCUGAUUAUUUUAAUCAGCGAAUUCAAAAAUUUGUAACAAUUUUAUGA